GAAGAAACUUUAUUUAUCACUGUAUAAAAUUCGAAAUCAUCUUAUUACUAUGUUAAUGAAAGAUCGAGCGAGAUGGGAUCCUCAAAUACUUUAAAAUUGGAACGACGAAAGAGAAAAAAACUCAAGAGACUUUCUUUUAAAGAGACAGGAAGAAAAGAUCRAAAUGAUGAUCGUAAUGGCGUCCUAAACGAUGAUAGUAGCUCAACAUGUAGUAGCAUGACUAGCGAAUUAGAUAGUUUCAUUAAACAAGAACCUGUAAAACUAUCAUCCACCUCUUGUGGGGAAGUAUUAGUUAAUACCAGAGAAGAAAAAGCACAAAGUGUCCUUGCUAUUGAUUGUGAAAUGGUUGGAGUUGGACAAGACAAGAAGAGUGCUUUAGCUCGUUGUAGUAUAGUGAACUACGAGGGUAAAGUGAUCUACGAUUCUUAUGUCAAACCAGAUGCUAUUAUCACGGACUUUAGGACACAAUGGAGCGGGAUUCGACCAAAACAUAUGCGUAAAGCGAUCUCUUUUCAUACUGCCAAGAUACAAGUCAAACGACUUAUCAAGAACCACAUACUUGUUGGACAUUCGCUGCAGUCUGACCUAAAUGUUCUAAAGCUGACUCAUUCUUCUUAUCUUAUCAGAGAUACUUCGAGGUAUGUUCCUCUUCGAGUUUUCGCAGGGUUGCCAAGCAAUGUCACACCUUCACUUAAAAGUUUGACUCGGAUUUUGCUUAAGACUGAUAUUCAAUCUAAUGAACAUUGUUCUGUUGUAGAUGCUAUUUCUUCGUUAAAUUUGUAUAAAUUGCUUGAAAAACGUUGGGAAAAUGAUAUACAAGGUGAUGGAGAGAGUAAUUCAUAUCUCUGUGAUGCCUACUGGCCAUCUUGGACUAACAUGAACUGAAAAGAAUUGAAUUGAAUUGAACUAUAAGAUAAUUAUUUUUGAAUAAAAUUGAAUUGUAUAAUUUGAAAUACAGUCGUUAUAUAUGUUAUUACAGCAGAAAGUAUUUUUGGACUAUUUUAUUCUGAUGGUUUUAUAUAACUAACUCAUAAAACCAAUGCAAA